GGUGCAUGCUGGGAGAUGUGUGGGUCCGGAGGAGUCCCGCUCCUGUCCAGGUGUGUGAGGCUGGUAUCAGACCGGUUCUGGGGGACUCUGGGACCUGCUGGGACCGUGAGACGGAUCCACGGCAGAACCCGGAGCGGCUCGCAGCGAGACAAACCGAAGAAACCCGAGCCAGCCCGAGGGAAGCUGGUGAGGACCGGAGAGGACAAGAAGGCCGUGGUCUGUAUCGAGGGGAACAUUGCCAGUGGGAAGACGACGUGUCUGGAAUAUUUUAGCAGAACCAGCAACAUAGAGGUCCUCACAGAGCCCAUCUCCAAGUGGAGGAACGUCCGAGGACACAACCCUCUGGCUCUGAUGUACCAGGACUCGGAGCGUUGGGGUCUCACGCUGCAGACCUACGUCCAGCUCACCAUGCUGGAGCGACACCUGGCCCCCAUAGCGGCCCCCGUCAGGAUGAUGGAACGCUCCAUCUUCAGCGCCAAGUACAUCUUCGUGGAGAACCUCCUCAGAAGUGGUAGGAUGCCGGAGGUGGACUACGCGGUUCUCUCUGAGUGGUUCGACUGGAUCACCACCAACGUCUCCAUUCCUGUUGAUCUGAUCGUGUACCUGCAGACGUCUCCUCAGAUCUGCCACCAGAGGCUGAAGCAGAGAUGUAGAGAGGAGGAGAGAGUCAUUCCCCUGGAGUACUUGGAGUCCAUCCACCAGCUGCAUGAGGACUGGCUGAUCCACCACAACGCCUCUCCUGUUCCUGCUCCGGUCCUGGUGAUUCCUGCUGACCAUGACCUCCAGAAGAUGCUCCACCAGUUUGAAGAGAACCGUGAGAAGAUCUUGGCCGCCGGCGUCCUCUGAUCCCUCAAACACUGUUUACAUGUUAAUAUUCAUCUAUUUAUAGAUUUAAAGUAAAGAAAUAUAGAUUCUGACCAGUUUACAGCUGAAUAUCUGUUACAAAGAAUGAUUCCUUUCUGAUUAUUGAUUAUGUUUCAGGCCACGUCCCGACUGGCUGGCUGUGUUUUCCAAACACCUUUUAGAACAUCAUGGACAUUAAUUGGUUCUUAAUUAUAGUAAUAUUACAAUUAAUAUUCGUGUCAAAUAAGUUCAUACUUGUUUGUCCAGUACGUUGCUUUUUAAUGCAUUCAUUACAUAAACGCUGUUGGAGUUUUUUAAGUUUAAAGUAAUUAAGUUUCUUGGGGAUCUUGAUAUAAAUGAGACGUUUGUCAUCAUAUAUCACACACACACACACACACACACACACACAUACAUACAUAUAUAUAUAUAUAUAUAUAUAUAUAUAUAUAUAUAUGUAUACACACUUUUUCUUAACUUUCUUCCUAUUUUCUGUUAAUUUGUAUAUGUAAAUACUAAAUUAAUAUAUUUUGAUUGCAGUAUCUGAGUGGGGGAAAGGCUGGGGUCCUUUUAGGACAUGUUCCUUAUUUAUCCACUGUCUUAUUAUCAUUAUUAUUGUUAUUAUUAUUAUUUUCUUUUUUUCUGCUUGUUUGUAUGAUAACAUUUUUCUUUUACAUCUUCUAAAUAAAUUUUCUAAACCAAAAAAA